ACCUCGUGUAGCAGCUCACACUCUCACCACGACACCCUUACUUUCACAGUUUCGCCUCACAAAGGACUUUUGGUAUGCGGGACGCUAGACAAGCGCCGGCGGAACUUAGUUGGACCUUGUACCUCGAUCAACCGCUUAAUACUAUGCUGCCGACCUCCAUCUCAAAGUACGGAUUAACCACCAGCUGUACCUGUUUGAAUGUUUGCGCCAUCAGGCCGUCAGGUACCUCCGUAUGAUCGAAGCAUCUGCGCCUGCAAUAAAUGAAAUCGUAGGCGACCAUGCUUUCAAGUGAUCAUCAAGGUCUCGCACAGUCUUUAUAUCCCUGGACUUACCGAUAUAUCCGCAUCACGUCGGCCCCAGUGGACCUUAUAAACCAAGUGUCGGUAGAGUUACGCGCACCAACUCCCCAAUAUGCCUGCUUUGGUUCAACUACUUGGAUGGUGCUUCCUACUUCAACUCUCUCUUUCUUUUAGUCUCGUCAAGGGCGACCCAACCGCCAACCUAUCUUAUGGUACUUUUCAAGGAUAUUAUUCCGGAAACCUGUCUAUCUUUUUGGGCAUCCCGUUUGCUAGUCCACCGCUUGGUUCACUUCGAUUCGCCCCUCCUCAAGCUCCAGCGGAGGUCGGCGGUAUACAAAAUGCUUCAAGUUUCGGGCCCGCCUGUCCCCAACAGCUAAGCACCAUACCAGACGUCCUUCCAUUCGCUUUUUCUAUGGCGACCGCUUCCAACGUGUCAGAAGAUUGUCUGACCGUGAAUGUAUGGGUACCAACAAAUGCAUCCAAACCACUUCCCGUUGUUAUGCCGCCAGGCGGUUUCGAGACUGGGUAUACGGAGGCCUACGAUGCAUCUGAUUUCGUGGAGCGAUCUCUGAUCUUGAAUGAGCCCGUUGUCUUUGUUUCAGCAAAUUAUCGCGUCAACGCCUUCGGCUUUUUAGGAGGCAAAGAAAUCCAGGAUGCAGGUUUAUCUAAUGUUGGCCUGCGGGAUCAACGAUUCGCGAUGCAGUGGAUACAGUCAUACAUUUCCGUAUUUGGCGGAGAUCCUACUCGUGUAAUACUUUGGGGAGAGAGUGCUGGCGCCAUCAGUGUCGGUCUCCAUCUCCUUUACAACGGUGGGACAACCGACGGUCUAUUCAGAGGUGUAUUUAUGCAAUCGGGCGCCCCUUGGACUACCAGGAAUAUAUCCUACGGCCAACCCUCUUUUGAUCGCAUUGCACAGGAAACAGGAUGUAAUACAUCCGAGUCUGUUAUCGACUGUCUUCGUGACGUGCCUUAUGAUACCCUCAUGGCGGCGAUUAAUACCAAUCCCUCGGUUUUCAACUACACGAGCUUGAACCUCGCAUUUCAACCCUACAAUGACGGUUCAAUUCUCGACAGAAAUGCGCAGAUGGCUGUGCAGCAGGGACGAUUUGCCCAUGUCCCGUUUGUGACUGGAAGCUGCGCAGACGAAGGGACCGUUUUCUCCUUGGGGAGCACUAAUAUCACGACCGACCCAGAAUUCAUGGGCUAUGUAAACACAAUGUACCUCCCCGAACUAUCUUCUGAGCGCAUGAGCGACGUUAGGACGGCAUAUCCGGAUGAUCCUGCAGAUGGCUCUCCUUUUGGUUCCGGUGACAAUUACACUCUGACCCCGGAAUACAAACGAAUCGCGGCAUUUAAUGGCGACUACUCAUUCCAAGCGCCCCGACGAAACUUUCUAAGCAUAGCUUCGCAAACGCAGCCGGCUUGGGCGUACUUGUAUACAAGAGGAAAUACGACUGCCUACCUGGGGGCAUACCACGGGUCAGAUUUGACUGAAUUCUUCAGCUUCGGCGGCUCUGCAUCUGGCAAUGAUUUCAUUGGUACUGAUGCCCUGGUCAAUUUUGCAACGAACCUGGACCCUAAUUACUCUUCUAACUCCACCGGCCGAGGAGUUAGCUUAUUGGAAACGACCUCGUGGUCACAGUGGACAUCAACGCAACGAAAUAUAGCGGAAUUCAUUGAUUCAUCUUCACUGUUGACAUUCACGACAGAUACGUAUCGCGCCACCGCCAUGCAGUUGCUCACAAAUCUCUCCUUACAAGUCUGAUGGCUUCAUCGUGUCCGGCCGCUCGCCAUAACGAGCCAUUCCUUUACUACUUACUAUUCGGGAUCGCGUCAAUUUGUCGGUCGUUUGUUUCCAGAUGCCUACCAUGGUACCCUGUCCAGCAAUUGCCAAAUACUGCAAUUGCCAAAUACCCAAACAAGUCUAGCAUAGCCCGAAUAAAUAAUGCGACUAGGUAACAAUAU